CCGAUUACCUGCAUCAUACCACGCGCCUUCUCUACCGACUUCGUUGCCCACAUCCUCACGACCACCACCGCCGUCACCAUCACGACCUGGAGUCGGACAUCUCGUGACCCGAGUAUUUUCGUGGGCUUCUACCCUCCGUCCACCUUCUAUUCGCUGUUUAGUCCUGAAGUCAUUCUUCCGUGUGGCCCAAUGCUGCGACCUACCGCGCAAGCAUGCCGGCAAUGCCACUGCUCUUCCGGCGCAAAAGUGUCCGCGAAUUGGCCCGUGAUCCUGUGAACAGCGACUCUACCCGGAAUCGAUCUGCUCAUCAACGUCCUCCUACUGCCGCUGCCGUCAACACCAACAAAGACCGUCUUGCGCCUGACCGUUCGGCAUCGCCUCCACGACCAGUCAGUGAAAAUGGUUACGCUGCCUUUGGCUCACCUCGGGCGCACAAUCUACACCCCGACGACGCCUCUGGAAGGCCCAAGUCGAGACGUUUCAGCAUAAUGAAAUUCCGAAAUUUCUCGGAAUCCAACUUGCAUGCACGCUUAGAAGACGAUCCGCCGCCGCCAAUGCCCACCCUCAGCCGAGACGAGAGUCCGGUACCCGCGAUCAUCAGAAGCGCUCCCACCAUGGAUGGGGUCAAUCGUAUAGGGAGACCAGAGCUGGAGCAGGACUCGGGAUCAAUACAAGAGGAUCGACAGGCGCGAGGAUCGCGGUUUAAGAGAGCGUCUGCUCAUGCGCCAGCGUAUCAAGGACGUGGGAUGAGGAAUUCAAUGGAAGAAAAGAGAUCGGAAAAGACAAGCAAGCCCCUGUCGUUACGGUGGAGGAAACAGGGCAAGAGUGGGCUUGAAGAUCUACAUCGCUAUUCAACCAUGAACCUGCGCGCCAGCCAGCAUCUUGCGCCUCCCGUGUAUGGUGAUGAGUCGGACUCCCUGCCCGCCGUUCCAGUGAUGCAUCUGGCAACAGAACCCCGUUUCUCCGAGUCUUCUCGCUCUGAUGGGAGCUCGGCAGACAUUUACGCGUCGACCACCACGACCCACACCGUGUCUACUCAUACCACUUUUUUCAAGCUUUCCAAACGCAACAAAAAUCGCAACUCGCUCUUUCCAGUACCUGGGCCGUCACUGCCCAAUAAUGGACCGCCGAUGCCGACACGAGAGGGUCCUUCCACACCCCGGGCAUCUACAAGCGCACUGUCCACACAUUCAUAUACGCCCGGAACCAGUCACACCGCCGAAGAAGAACUGAAAACGAGUCCGUCGCUGCAGCGGAGACAUACGGAAGUUGGCAGCCCACGUAGAUCACGGCGGCGAUCUGCUGCUGUUCCGCCUCAUGUCGCGUUGGCGCGAGGUUCUCUGUCCUUUGCGGAGCCCGGCAUGAAUUUGUUCCGGCAACCGUCACGACGAUCACAUCAUUCCGCUACCUCGUCACCUUUGCAGCCGCCAACUCGGUUGGGCAUGCGUGAUCGUGCUUCUACCACUAGUUCGUUUGGGCGACCUUCGCAAGAUCGAGAAACUCCGCCGCCACCGAUGUCUGCCAGCGGCCGGACAUCAACCUCAACACUGAACAGAGCGAGCUUCGGUGGGUUGCUGACUCUGUCGCGGUUCCGCCAAGGAUCAGAGCCGCAUUCUCCACGGCAUGGGUCCCCAGGCGGGCUCAGCAAGACGAACUCUUUCGUCGACAGUCGGGAGGCCCUGAUAAUUCCCGAACGAGAAGAAGGUGAUACUCCCGGAAAGUAUCUCGAACGGCUGGAGGAGGCGGUAUCACGCAGCCUGAUCGCUGGCAUCUUGUCGAAAUCGGCAGAUGCUUUCGCACAAGCCGUGCUGCGAAGCUACACGCGUCGCUUCCCGUUCUUUGGAGAGCCGAUCGACAUGUCACUUCGAAAGUUCCUACUCGAAGCAGAGCUGCCAAAGGAGACUCAACAGGUUGAUCGAGUUAUUCAAGCAUUCGCAGAUCGAUAUCACGAGUGUAACCCGGGCAUCUUCGUUGCUCCCGAUCAAGCGUAUGUGAUUGCGUUCUCCAUCAUGAUGCUGCAUACCGAUGCUUUCAAUAAGAACAAUAAGCGCAAAAUGCAGAAGCAGGACUACAUCAAAAACACAUCAGGGCAGGGAGUCUCGGAUGAUAUCCUCGCUUGCUUUUAUGACAACAUCUGUUAUACUCCCUUCGUGCAUUACGACGAGGAAGAUAUUGACGUCGCGGGCGACAAAGUCUUCCCCUUCACCAACAAGCCCGGCGAGCAACGAGGAAAGCUCAAAAGUGCGAUCCCAGGCGCAGAUGGGGUCAUUAGCAAAAAGCCGGCCGGUCCGAUUGACCCAUACAACUUACUCGUUGAUCAAAAGCUUGACACACUCCGCCCGCCCAUCAAAGAGAGCAUGACCUUGGAGGAUCCGUACCACUUCACACGCACGCCGGGUGAGAUCGACAUGAACUAUCUUCAGCGGGCAUUCACACACACCGGGCAUCUUCAGAUCAUUUCUGCGCGGUCACGGCCUGCUGCUUACGAGAAUCAUCAGAACAAUCUUCAUCCCAACGAGACAGAGACACAGCAGGGAAUUGUGGAUCUCAAGAUUACCAAAGUUGGUGUUCUAUGGCGCAAAGCGGCGAAGAAGAAAAAGACACGUAGCCCGUGGUCGGAGUGGGGCGCUGUCCUCACAGGCUCCCAGCUCUAUCUGUUCAAAAAUGUCCAUUGGGCCAAGGGGCUCAUCCAUCAAUUCACAAGUCAUCAGCGAGUUGGACAGUCUCGAACGCCAGUGAUCUUCAAGCCACCGCUUUCAGACUUCAAACCUGACUCGCUUCUGAAAAUUGACCACGCCGUGGCUCUCGUCGACUCGACGUACACGCGACACAAGCAUGCGUUUACAUUUGUGAGGAUGAAUGGACAGGAAGAGGUUUUCCUGGCAGACAAUGAGUCUGAGCUCAAUGAUUGGCUUGGCUUGAUCAAUUACGCUGCAGCGUUCCGUGCCGCCGGUGUGCGCAUUCGCGGUAUGAUAGGCAACAACGAUGACGAUGCGCGAUCCAAGGCCGCUCAACAAUUGAGUGAAAGACAGGCCGAAGAAACCGACGGAGACAAGCAAGCAGAGGCGAGCGCUGCGCUCAGUGAGUCGAUUGUCACGUUGAAUCGCGGAUUGAGCCCACAAUUGCAACGUCAAGUGAUGGCAGCUCGGAGACAAAUUAUUGUUCAAAAAAUGAGCGAGAUCGAGGCGGAACUCGGGGACGCCAAUCAGCGUCUUGAUGGACUACUACGCAAUGGUCGUCAUCUACUCGUCCUGGCUCCUAUUCCACCCAAAAGCCGCGAGGAUGUCGUUCACGCAGCUGCUCAGACAGACGCGAGUCUUACGUGGCUGCGACGGGACAUCUGGCGACUCAAGGCGCAGAUGGAAUUCCUAUCGCUCGAUCUCAAGCUAGACCGCGUUGAUGAGAAGGGCGAUGCCGAGGCCGUGGAUGCCGUUUCACGAUCGAAUACGCUACAAAGGCAGCAGCUGCAGCGAAGCGCAAACGAGCCUGUCUCAACGAGGGUCUUGGAAACGAGUGAGAUCAGCGCAGGUACUCGGGGUCCAUAUGACACGCAGCUCUCGCGCCAGCUUUCGGUGCAGACGAGCGAUCUACGCGCAGAAAGGCCGACACUAGUACCUCGUUUCAGCUCCUUCCAAGACGGUGCCAGUCUUGGCAAGAGCCCACAAUCGCUUCAAUCGCUUUCUGCGGCUUCUCGGAGCACCUCCAUUGACGACUGGAUGACAUCUGAUGUCUUCCGAACACCUUCGGAGUCAACGCUGACGACUCCCACUCGGGAUGGUAUCUGGCAACUGCCGCCACUUAACCUUGAGUCAGACAGCCUGUUUGAGCACCAAAAACGGCCAUCAAUCGCCAGUACAACUCAGCAGUCGGUGUCCUCCUACGGGCCGGCCAAUGCAGGAACCAAGGCAAAGCCCACCGCGCCUUCGAUCACUCGCACUUUGUCUCGCAUUUCCACAGACGUGACGACCAGCCCUCAGAGCAUCCGUCCCACUAUCUCAAGCUUCGAAGCCAAGGAGGUGGAGCGGCUUGCUCGUGCGGCUCUUUCGCCCGAAUCGACGCCGCCACCCUCCAUCAAUCAGACGGCCAUGGCAGGUGUCUCACCCGCCGACACCUUGACCAACUCAAGUGCGAGUCGGCCACAACAUCAAAGUAGGCUGUCCACAGGUGGAGCUGUCCGCCGCAGUCUCCACAAGACCCUUCGCGAUUCACAUGUCCACAACAGCGCGCACAAGCAUCGCCGUGGGCGUGACAGCGACAGUACCCUUCGCUCUGUUGUGCCUGGGAGCAACGCUAGCGUUACCGCUGGCUCGGACGACAAAGAAGGCGAUGCCGAAAGCGAUGCCACUGUCGCCGCUGCACAGGCUGCACAGGCUGCUGCACAGGCUACCCCUGGACUCACCCGCGACAAACCUCGCUUCAUCCUGCACGGCAAACAAGCGUCUGUUGUGCAAUUCGGUGGCGAUUGGGAGCGCAUGCGCCUGCGGCGCGAGGCAUAUGGUCGAGAACACGAUCGCGAAUCACUUACAUCGUCCAAUGCCGCUGCUGCGGCCGCUGUCGCCGCCACAGAGGGCAAAGAGCACGAUGGCCGUGCGGGAUCCCUGAGCGUCAGAGGCAGUUUCUAUGACGAAGGAUCAGAUGACGGAGCGAGGUCCGACGGCUUUAGAGAAGACGCCGAGGUCGCCGCAACGUUUGCCUCUACUGCCAUGGCGAUGAAAGCCGACGAAGACGCAAACGAGGAGCAAUACUUUGAUUCAUUGACCGGCUCGCCCACUGAAAGCAAUGCUGCCGCACGGAAGCGGCAGACCGUGCUCGGCCCUGUGCUUUCGCAACAGUUUCGAUCCGCCACCACGACAUCACGCAGCUCGCCACAGGAAGAGGAAUCCCCUGCUGAAUCCGACUCCGACUCCGAUGCUGACGACGGCCUGACCGCGAAUCGUCCCCGAACGGCAUCGUCGUCCGUCCAUCCUCAGCACCUCACGACCGGCACGUCAACCGCUGCGCCACAUCGGUUCGCGCAGCACAGCGAGGAUGGCAGAAACAGCGACGAAGACAGCGACGAAGACGACGAUGACGAUGACGAUGAACAAGCCAUGAUGACCCCCAUCGAUGACAUGGAGCUUUGGCGCCUCAGCCAGAUCUAGUCCUUCCUGAACCCACCUUUUCCAUCCUCAAUCCACAUCCCACAACGCCUUCCAAUCCCCACCACCUUCUUCCCUCAUCACACCCUGGACUCCUCGUCGGGAGCUGUAUGUGUAAAUAGAGUUUGCUAUGACUUCAACUGUAUAGAAAGGGCAAAAGCGCUUUUCGUGUGACGACACUUUCAGCUUGGCUAUGUUUCCCAUUGACGUGGUUCAUGCGCAAGGGUACAGGACAUCGUUUCAUAGGAGUCCUCGCGUUUGUCUCGCUCUCGCCCGGCAAUAAGAGUCUAGACCGGCAGAGCGUGUCACCAGUUCCGGCAACGGCUGUUCAUGAGAAACGACAUCGUGCUGAGGUUUCCCGUAUCACUUUGCUGUCUAGCGGAAGGAAUCUCAAUACAUCACUUCCCCUC